UGACCAUCCUUCACCCGUCAGCUGUCAUACAGACAGCAACUUUGGACAGCAGCGUUUGUUUAAUAAUUGGCUGGCGCUUCCACUUAAAAAGAACGCACGUGGAGCCGAGUCUCUUGCUCAGCUAAUGCGCCCUGAAAGAGCAAACAGCACGUUCAUUUUGACAGAUCGCGGACGCUGCGGUUUGGGAAAAUAAACGGAAUGAAAAUUAAGCGGAUGGAAGCAGCACUUUUACAAGGACGACUCACCUAGACACGCGGGGAAUCACGAAGAGCCGUACGACUAGAUGUCAAACUUCAAGCUGUUGCCAAUGAAGUGUAAGAACCUGAAGAUUAAAUAAUGUUUUCUUCUGAAAAAGUGACAUUGUUUCUGCAUUUAAGUAAAGUUAUCCUAAUAGGUGGCUUUGUGCAAAGUUUAAUCAACAGUCCAGCUGCUUCUCUCCAGAUUCCACCUAGGAACUUUACUUUAUUCUGGAAUCUUUCCAGCAAUAAAGCUGGAUGGAUGCAGCUACUUUCAACAUACUUGGACAAGAAUGUGCACAAGGAAGAAACAUGGAAUUCCAAUUUGACUGGCUUGGCUGACAUUGAGACAUCAAAUGGGGACAAUUCCAGUGUUUAUACAUACAAUUUUGCAACAACAGGAAGGAAAGGUUUCUACUUGAACAUCCUGUGUUGGGUUGAAGGAAACCUGGAACAUUUAAUUUGUAAUUUGAAGCCCAGCAAAAUACGCUCUGGCAAAAACAUGUCAUUAACAAUUGAACUACUGCAUGCAAAGUCUGAUGUAUCCCUAAGAGAGUUUCCUGAGAGGUAUGAAAAAGCUAGUUUGACUCCUAUACAAAAAUCUUGUUACAGAAAUGAUACCUUCAACUGUGAUAUACAUCUUCUGAACCUAAAUGACACCUACUCCCUCUCAGUGAAAUUAUACAUUGGUCAAAGCUCAUUUGAGUCACCCAUGAUGGAAGUUAAUCCAAUGCAUAUUGUGAAACCUCAUCCUCCACAAAGUCUUCAGUAUGAUUUGAACAUGAACUGGCAAUUAGAGCUAAGAUGGGAGAAACCUGAGCCCACACCAUAUGAAUUACAGUAUGAAGUUCGCUGUUCUGCAGAUGGAGAACAUGUCAUGAGCAAAAAGGUUUUGGUUGACACAUUUGUGGAUCUCCAUGGUUUAAAAGCUGGUGUCAACUAUACAACAGAUAUACGCUGUAAAUGUCUAAGGGGGCCUGGAUAUUGGAGUGACUGGAGCAGUCCUGUUUAUGUAAAUGUGCAAGGAUUAGAACUGGGAACUAUUCCAGCCAGGCUACACCUCCAUGUGUUCCAUCCAUGGCCAGAUGUAACUUAUAUCCCUCCCAAAGUCCUCACUACAGCUGGAUCCAAUGUAACAGUUAACUGCAUAUUCAACAACAGAAAUCUAAAGAAAAAUAAAAUUGUAUGGUGGCUAAACACAUCAGAGAAGAUACCUGAACAGCUAUAUUCAGUCGUUGAUGAUCAUGUGAGCACCAUUACUCUUGUGAAUAUCAGACCUUCAAAACCUAAAACCUUUGACCUGCUACAGUGCUGUGAGCAGUAUGAAGAACACUCAGACUGCAACUACCGAUAUGCUGAAAUUUAUGCUAUUGAUGCCAACUUUGAUAUUUCCUGUGAAACCAAUGAAAAUGUCAAAAAGAUGAUUUGCAAAUGGAACCCACAUCUAACUCCACUGCCUGCAGGAAGCAAAAUAAAAUUCCUAUAUAAGAAACUGGUUUCAUGUGUUUCAAAAGAGGAAAUCAAAGGUUUUAAUGUUGAGGAGUGUCCUCUUACCCUUGACUCAUCUUAUCAAUGCACAUUUCAGUCACUUCACCCGAUUCUUUGCCACAUGAUGUGGAUUGAAGUUCACCAUAACAUGGGAAUAGUAAGAUCAAACCCAACCUAUGUUACUCCAAUGGAUGUUGUAAGGCCACAUCCUCCCUUUAAUAUUAAAGCAGAGAUCACUCAAGCAACAGGACUGCUCAAUAUUAGCUGGGAAAGAACACAGCUUCCAACAUAUGACCUUCAAUACGAGGUUAACUUCAAAGAAGAUGGGAAAAACAGUAAAUGGAAGACUCACAAUUCUACAAUUAAUACUUCAGUCCUGAUACAAGUGACAGAUCCUUGUGUUGUUUAUGUAGUUCAGCUCCGCUGUAGGAGGUACCAAGGUCCUGGAUAUUGGAGUGCAUGGAGCAGUGCAGUAAACACUGAAGUUCAUGAUGUUAUGGCUCCUACCAAAGGUCCUGAUUUUUGGAGAAUUAUCCAUGAAGACAAAGGAAACCUACAGGUUAAUAUAACCUUGCUACUGAAGUCUGUAAGAAAAGAAGAUGCUCUUUGCUCAGUGGAAGGCUUCAUUAUUGAGCAUCAUAUGGCUAAAGGGCUGAUGUGGUCAUCUGAAUGUCUAAGCAAUACAACUGUGUAUACUUUUCCAUGGAGGGAAGUUAUUCAUAUGGUAACUGUUAAAGCCUACAACUCACUGGGAUCAUCCAAAUCAAACUACAAUUUAACUUUAUCUAGCACCUCAAGAAAAGUCCAGUAUAUUCAGUCAUUCAGUGCCUCUUUGAUCAAUAAUUCCUGUGUGCUGUUGUCAUGGGAAUACUUGCCAAGUAGUCUACAUCUGGAUUCAUUUGUAGUUGAAUGGAGAAAUCAAGAGGAAGAGGAAAGCGGAUUGAAGUGGAUCAGAGUACCCCCCCAGCAGCACCAAGUUUACAUAUCAGAUUCUUUGUUUGCUUUGAGAGAGUGCAAGUUUACAGUGUACCCCAUAUUCAGAGAUGGUGAAGGCCAGUCAGUGACAACCUUUGUUAAUUAUAAAGAUACCAGGUGGAAGAUAAAGGGUGAAAGAGCAGCCUAUAUACUUCUGUUUAUAAUUGCCUUUUUGUCCAUUGUGCUCUUUGUGACACUGGCAAUCUCCCAGCACCAAAUGAAAAAGCUUGUUUGGAAGGAUGUACCUAACCCAAACAAUUGCUCUUGGGCUCAAGGAAUUGAUUUCAGAACAGUGGAAACCAUAGAAAACUUAUUUACGCCUAAGCAGAGACAUCCCACUGGACCACUUUUCUUGGAAUCUGAACAGAUUUCUGAGGCUGUUAUCGUGGAAGACAGUGCAGAGGAAAACUCCCUUGGUGCUGAUGUAUUAGUACUACCAGUUUGUGGUCACGAACUAGACAUGAAUUCUUCUAAUUCUGGUAGUUUUUGCUCUACCAAAAGAGCUGUAGUUGAAAAGGAAGUGUAUCUGGAAGGCUCUAGACAGUCCAAAAUUGAGUAUGCCACCAUCCUCGUUCCAAAGGAUCCAUGUGAGCUCAGUGUCCAGCUGAAAAGCAGUAGUAGUUUUUCAGAUGAGGGGAACUUUUCUGCUAACAAUUCUGUUAUUUCAGGAUCCAUCCCCAGCAGUCUAUGGGACACAGACAAUCGGUCAAGCCUCUGCUUAACUCCAAUGAAUCAGCAUAUUUCAUCUUCUUUCAAUUCAUCUGAGGGAUUUUCAGAAGCAUCAGAUCGGGAGGACAGUCUUGAAGAGGAACAGAACCCAGUGCUGGAUCUUUACUAUCUAGGGCAGAGGCCAAAUAAUACAAUCACUGAUGUGACAUCUUCAGAUAGGAAAGAUGAGACAUGCCCUGAAGCCAAGCCUUUGUUGAACUACCUGUCAGCUCAAAACGAAAACUGGAAUAAAAAAGACUUGCAUGAGAAUAGUAUUAGACUCUAUAUGCCCCAGUUUCGAGGUGCUUCAACCACCAAUAGGUUCUAUAAAAUAACCAAAGCACACUGAAAACGCAACAUCUCUUGGCUGUCUCUUGGGACUUAAUUUCCCUAGCUGAAGAGAUGGUCAGUUUUAAAGGCAGUACUUGCUCCAAACAAGAGCCAGUGCUUGAGCUUUUGCCUCAUUCUUUAUGGCCUUAACACGUUUUUGCAAGCAGUGAGGUAUUUUAUUUGGGCACAAUGAAGGAUUUGUUGCUUGGGGUAUUUCUUUUUAAAACCUUUUCUUUGUGCAAAACGGUGGUGGCAAAAUCUAUAAAGCAACAUACAGAGUUUUAGCAGUUGUGAAAACAAUUGUCCCAGUCCACCUUAAUUUCUUGUCUUUAUUGUGUAUUCCCUUUAUGAAUACAUUUGAAAACAAAGACUAAGAAUUCAGCCAUUGAGGUAAAGUAAGAGAAAAUAAAUCAUGUACUAGAAGCAUUUUAUUCUCUGAUUUUUAGAGAGUGUUUGUUGACAUUGACUUUACCCAGGGGCAGGUGGAUCUCAGGUUUGUUUCCUGGACAUGCGUUUUCGCCUCAUUGCACCUUACAUGAAGCUAGUCCUAGCACAUUUCCUCAAAAUGAGAUAAUGACAUCUGUCAACCAGGAGCAGAAGGUUCAAGCAAGUUGUUUUAUUUUUUAUUUUUGAUUUGGGGGUAUGUAGACUAGGAUUGUAGUGCCAAGUGAGCUAGGAAGCUGAGCAAUGUGGAAGCUCAAAGUAUGUAAAGGCAUGAUAUCUACAGAAGACCAGAAUGUUCCUAGUUUGCCUUUAUGGAAAUUUGUAGUAGGGAAAAGUAACAUACAUCUAGAUUUAAGGCAGAAAAACAUUAGAUUUAUUAAAAACCUGUGUGUCAAAACAUAUUUCACCUUAAAUGGAUUUAAAACCGAUUUAAGACAGAUUAUUAAAAGAUUUAAAAUAUUAAAAACAACACACUAUUCUGAAUGAUGUAUUGUUAAUGUUAUCCUGUGUUUUUAAAGAUAAUCUUGGUUUAACCUGAAUUUUUGUAUGUUAUUAAGCAGAAAAUUCAUAUGCUGCUCAUAUCAUUUGGGACUUGAGAACCAAACUAUUUCUGUUCAGCAUGGGUUCAUUUUCAUUGUAAAUGUGGGAAACUUAGGCAGUCUUCAAGCACGUACCCAGGAGGUGCCCAGCACUUGGCUAUCACACUUACCUUGCUGACAAUUUUAAGCCUAGACUUUAUUUUUCAAAACCUUUUCUUUGUGCAAAAGGGUCGUGGCAAAAUCUAUAAAGCAACAUACAGAGUUUUAGUAUUUGUGAAAACAAUUGUCCCAGUCCACGUUAAUUUCCGGUCUUUAUUGUGUAUUCCCUUUAUGAAUACAUUUGAAAACAAAGACAAUAAGAAUUCAGCCAUUGAGGUAAAGUAAGAGAAAAUAAAUCAUGUACUAGAAGCAUUUUAUUCUCUGAUUUUUAGGGAGUGUUUAGUGACAUUGACUUUACCCAGGGGCAGGUGGAUCAGGUUUAUUUCCUGGACAUACGUUUUCACCUCAUUGCACCUUACAUGACUAGUCCUAGCACUUUUCCUCAAAAUCAGACAGUGACAUCUGUCAACCGGAGCAAAAGGUGAAACGUGUUUUUAUUUUUUGUUUUUUUGAUUUGGAGGUAUGUGGACUAGGGUUGUAAUGCCAAGUGAGCUAGGAAGCUGAGCAAUGGGGUAGCUCAAAGUAUGUAAAGGAAUGAUAUCUACAGAAGACCAGAAUGUUUCUAGUUUGCCUUUACGGAAAUUUGUAAUAGGGAAAGGUAACAUACAUCUAGAUUUAAGGCAGAAAAACAUUAGAUACAGUAUAUUAUGAACCUGUGUGUCAGGACAGAUUUCACCUUAAAACAAAAAGAUGUACAAUAUUGAACAGUACACUAUGCUGAAUGAUGUAUUGUUAAUGUUAUCCUGUGUUUUUAAAGACAAUCUUGGUUUAACCUGAAUUUUUGUAUAUUACAAAGCAGAAAAUUCAUAUGCUGCUCAUAUCAUUUGGGACUUGAGAACCACACUAUUUUUGGCCAGCAUGGGUUAUUUUUUUUUUGUGAAUGUGGGAAACUUAGGCAGUCUUCAAGCAGGUACCCAGGAGGUGCCCAGUGCUUGGCUCUCACACUUGCUGACAGUUGUUUAAGCCUAGACUUUCUAGGUUGUGAGUAUCUUCAGAAACCAGCACGUUACAGGACCUCCACCAUGAAGUAUGGACGGGUCCAUUUUGAUUGCAUGUAGUGCAAAGAUAAAAAAAAAACCCUGUCCGUGCCUUACUGUUCACCAGAGCACUCAUCACAAUUUACAGUACCAGAAUAUGUCCUUUUUAGCUAACAAUCUGCUGUAUUCUUUAUAUCUCUCAUUUAUUCAUACAGAGUCUGCAAUUAAUCUUCAGCAUCUUGGCCUUUCCAGGAUCAAGGAAAUGCUGAAUGUGAAAUAUGGCAUGUGCACCAAGCCUCCACAUUACUGAGGCUCUUCUUCAGUGCUGUGAAAUAACAUCCGAUAGAUAAGAGUCUGUGAGUAUGCAUACAAUGCCAAGCAUUUGAAAAGCUCUUUCCUUUAACUUAUGUUGCUGAUGAACGGUUAUACUGCCAUACAGCAAGAAAAAUAUAAAUGGUUUGCUUUCCUGUGAUGCCUCAAAACUUGUAAGCAAGUACUCUGUAAAACUUGUAUUGGCUACACUUCUCUGGGUGUUUUGUAUACUUAUUUUGUCCAGACCGCAGCAAUUGAAUGUGUCUGAUUUGAAACAUGAAUCAUAUCUAAUUAUUGUCUCAAAGUGAUGCCUACAGCACAUAGAAUGCAACUUUACAGCUACUUGCAUAUAGAUAUUUUUCUAUUGUACAUUUUGUGAACUCAAUAAAAUAUUUAUUGUGAAA